AUGCAGAGUGUAGCUGUACGAGCUCUCACGGGGUCGGCGCUCGAUCGGGCCGUUGGUGACUUUUGCGUCAAGGCGAUUCGGUCGGCUGAUUUCCCGUUGAACUCAUGGGAAGAGGUUGGUGAUUUGGCAAGGUGCAUUGACCGCCUUCUUUCGGACGAGUGGAUUGACUUGUUGCUCCCGCCUGGGACGUAUACUGAUUUCCGAGAGAAGGGCUAUAUAGAGGUCUUGAUGAAAGCACUGAAGGAGUUGAAGAGAAGCAUCGAUGAGGUUAUUGAGGCGUCGAAGGAAACGGGCGGAUUGCCGGCGGAGCGACGCACGAGAAAUGUAAAUCCUUACGUGAUUCCCUAA